UUUUGCACAUCAGUAUAGUGCACUAUAUUUGAUUUUAAAAAUUUAUUAUGGCCAAAUUUUAAUCGCAUCCUCUGCCAUUAUCGAUUCUUUGCUCAUUUCUCUGGUUUUUUUACUCUUGGCCCACUACUCAUUUUUAAAAAAUAUUGUCUAUUUUUUGUAUUUUUUUCUUAUCAUUUGUACGUUCGUUUUUACUCUUUUGAAAUAUUUAAUUUACUUAACCAAUCCCAAUAAAAUUAUUAUUACCCUCAAAUUUUUUUUAGCUUUUAUAGCUCUUUUCGUUAUAUUUUAAUUAUUUAUUGUCGCUAGGUAUCAAGAGUUAGCAACGCUUAAUAUGGACUUAAAAUACCUCUUGAGGGAGUAAAAACAUUUUUGCUUUUCAAAAAAGUGAGUAUAAACAUGUGGAAAUGUUUCUGUUGUAUACUGCGAAGAAAAGCUUUGUUCCUUCUCCUUCUAACAUUAAGUCUUUUAAUUUAUGUUGUUCUUCGAGGAUUAGGGCAACACAAUGUUAGUGAGAUACAUUCUACUAAUAUUAAAGGUAAUGCUCGUAUCGUAAUUUUUGUUGUCGUCAAGUCAGCGAGCGACUUAAUUACUGAGUACGAAAUUGCACAUAGCACUUUGCGCUGCUAUUGUGCAGCUAAACGCUAUCCACUUGUUAUUUUGGACUUUUCAAGUAAUUCUACGCUUUCUGCUCUAUGUCCUCAAAGUGAUUUUAUGUUUCGGCGACAUUGUGCGCUCGCCCAUUUCCUCAGUGACAACUCUGCAAAUGUAGAAUGGGUAUUAUUUCUUGAUGCUGACAUUGGAGUUGUAAAUCCAUCACGUAUGGUGGAGGAAUAUCUGCCACAAAAUACGAUGAGAGAUGGAAAAAUACAAUCGCUUCCUGAUCUUGUCUUCUACGAGCGAAUAUUUAAUGGUGAAUUUUGUGCUGGCAGCUAUAUCGCCAGAAAUACAAAAGCAACCAUCAAUUUCUUACAUUUCUGGGCCGAUUACUUUUACAAAUUACCAUGGAGUUGGCAUGGAACAGAUAAUGGCGCAAUCCAUGUAAGUGGCUUUCACAUUCACCUUAUCUAG